AUCCGAACAGCGGUCCUUAACUACCAGGUUUGCAGCUUGGUGGAGAGGACCUUGGCUUAAUCUGAGAAAAUGGAAUGAUGUUGGGAAAAAAGGACAGAUGAGAAGUUACGUCCGCAACAUCAAGAAGAGACCAGAUGUUCCAUUUUUCAACUGUUUAUUGAUUGGCCAAAUUGCAAACGGAAAAACCUCAUUUAUAAACUCAGCUGUUACUGCUAUUGCUGAUGAAGGACGCCGCAAAAGUCCUUUUACUGUGUAUAGCAGGGGGAAAGAAAGUACAACAAAAACAUUAUGCCUCUGUCCGCUUCUAGUUAAUGAAGACGAAGACGUUAGAUUGAGAUUCUACGACUGUAGGGGUCUUCACGACAUUGAAUCUUUGUGGUUUGAUGAUAUCAUGAAUAUCAUAAAUGGGCAUAUCUUGCCAGGUUAUGAGUUUGAUUCCAAUACUCCAAUUACAAAAGAACACGAAAUGUACCGCAAGGAUCCGAAACUAGCUGACAAAAUGCACUGUGUGGUAUAUGUUAUAAAUGCAACAGCACCAAAAGAAGCUUUGGCAACAAAAACAGCAGAGGAAACAUUUGAAAAAAUAAGACAAGAACUCACUAAAUCCAAUAUACCACAGCUUAUUCUGAUGACAAAAGUAGAUAAUUUUCAUAAAAAUUUUCAAGAGGACCUCGAAAAAAUAUUUUACAGCAACUAUGUGAAAAUGAUGAGAGAUUUUAUUGCACAGUACACUUCACUGACAAAAGAUCGAGUUCUCUUGCAAGCGAACUACUGUGGUGAAACGUCUAUCAGCCCCCAAAAGGAUUUUCUUACAUUAUACAAUUUACAAAAAAUUGUCGAGAGUAUUGAGGAUUAUAUUAAGUACGUACUUAUGAAAGAUUAGUUUUAAUGUACAAUUGUGAUGGGAGAAAAUAUUAACUUUUACCCAACAAUUUUGCAUGUCAUUUUUAUGAUUUUUAUGAAUUCAUUUAAUGUCAGUUAUAAUCCUGAAAUAGGCACUGCUGUUUUUGAAGC